UUUUGGCGGAUAUUGGAAAAAGAGCUCGCCAAGAAGCUUUUCCCACAACAUAAACCGAUAAGAUAUUCUGAUUCUGGCGGGCGUAACUACGAAUGGGCAAAAGAAGAUCGUGAAGCAAAUAAUAAAUUAACUGUUAGUUGUUCAGAAAGUGAUGCACAAUGUGUACAAUUACUUGAUUUGAUACCAAAUCAAAUAUUUCAAUGA